UCACUUCCUGUUCGAUGUCUCAGAGUUUGAAUAACGCCUGCACACUUAGCAAAACCCUAUGACUAUUUCAGACAUUUUAACAGAAGUCGGACCAAACCAGGCUGACAUUGGUAUGGCAUUUACAUUUGGCCCAUAAGAUGACCGCAAAUCCAGGUUCUCCUGAAUGUGAGAUGGCGACCUCUGACCCCUGUGCUAACGCCCCGCCAACUCCACCUGAGGAACCAGAGCCCUCACCCUCCCCACGCAAGAAACGAGGGCGACGGAGAGUGGAGCAGACUGAAAAGAGCAAAGAUGAACCAGAAGACAGAAACUGCGACUCUCCGAGAGAGGGAGAGGCAGGGAGGCUGCGGAGGAGGCCAGUGCCCAGAGUCACAUAUCAGGCUGGAGACCCAUUCUACAUCAGUCGCAGACAGAGGGAGGAGUGGCUCAGCCGCUGGAAGAUGGAGGCCGAGCGGCGAGCCUACAGAGAGGCCGAGAUCAGCAUGAUGGACGACUUAUCAGAGGGAGAUUUUCAAAAAGAGGAGGAGCCCCCCAGCCCGGCUCCGCCCCCCUCCCAGCAACACACAGACCCCGCCUCUCCCACCGUCGCCAUGACGCCGGAGCCUGCUGCCCGCGGAGACCAGGCGCCCAGAGAGAUAGAGUACCAGGAUGGCCGAGGCUUUGGCAUUGGCACUCUGGUGUUUGGGAAGCUGCGGGGGUUCUCGUGGUGGCCUGGCCGGAUUGUGUCCUGGUGGGUGAGCGGCAGGAGUCGGGCGGCAGACGGCACGCGCUGGGUCAUGUGGUUCGGGGAUGGCAAGUUCUCAGUGGUCUGUGUGGAGAAGCUUAUGCUCUUCAGCUCCUUCUCCGCCGCCUUCCACCAACCAACCUACAACAAACAGUCCAUGUACCGCAAAGCCAUCUUUGAAGCACUGCAGGUGGCCAGUACCCGGGCAGGCAGGCCUCUACCACAGUGUGACUCCAGUGACGAGGGAGAGGCCGUGGAGCUGCAGACUCGACAGAUGAUCGAAUGGGCUAUGACUGGCUUCUUACCCGGUGGACCACAAUCACUGGAUCCUCCUGAGGAGGAACAAAAUCCAUAUAAGGAGGUGUACCAUGAAAUGUGGGCGGAGCCUGAGGCAGCGUACACACCUCCACCUGCAAAGAAGCCACGCAAAAACGCAGCCGAGAAGGGGAAGAUCAGAGAGGUUAUCGAUGAGGGGACCAGAGAGCGACUAAUAUUUGAAAUAAAAAAGAAGACGAGAAACAUAGAAGAUAUCUGCAUCUCAUGUGGAAGCCUCAAUGUUUCUUUGGAGCAUCCUCUUUUUAUGGGAGCCAUGUGCCAGGGCUGCAAAAACUCAUUCCUGGAGUGUGCCUAUCAAUAUGAUGAUGACGGAUACCAGUCUUACUGCACCAUCUGCUGUGGAGGCAGGGAAGUGCUCAUGUGCGGCAACAACAACUGCUGCAGGUGUUUCUGUGUGGAGUGUGUGGACUUGCUGGUUGGGGCAGGCUCUGCGGCUGCAGCCAUCCAGGAGGACCCAUGGAACUGCUACAUGUGUGGACCACGGAACACCUAUGGCCUGCUGCGGCGACGGGACGACUGGCCCUGCAGGCUCCAGCACUUCUUCGCCAACAACCACGAGCAGGACUUUGAACCAGCCAAGUUGUAUCCUCCAGUUGCAGCAGAAAAAAGACAGCCCAUCCGAGUACUGUCAUUAUUUGAUGGCAUUGCCACAGGUCUGUUGGUGCUGAAGGACUUGGGGCUGCAGGUGGACAAAUACGUGGCGUCAGAGGUGUGUGAGGACUCCAUCACCGUGGGGAUGGUCCGGCACCAGGGGCGCAUCAUGUAUGUUGGGGAUGUCCGCAAUGUAACACGCAAACAUAUCGAAGAGUGGGGACCAUUUGACCUGGUAAUAGGAGGAAGUCCCUGUAACGACUUGUCAAUAGUCAAUCCUGCACGAAAAGGCCUUUUUGAGGGAACUGGGCGGUUGUUUUUUGAGUUUUACCGACUUCUUCAUGAAGCUCGGCCCAAACCUGGUGACGAGAGGCCUUUCUUCUGGCUGUUUGAAAAUGUGGUUGCCAUGGGGGUCAGCGACAAACGAGACAUCUCUCGCUUUUUAGAGUGUAACCCAGUCAUGAUCGAUGCUAAAGAGGUCUCCGCUGCUCACCGCGCUCGAUAUUUCUGGGGAAACCUGCCCGGCAUGUCUAGGCCUCUUACGCCAAUGGUAAAUGACAAGCUGGACCUACAAGAGUGCCUUGAACACGGCCGCACUGCUAAGUUUGAGAAGUUGCGUACGAUAACGACACGCUCCAACUCUGUGAAGCAGGGGAAAGACGAGCAUUUCCCCGUCUACAUGGACAACAAGGAGGACAUCCUGUGGUGCACUGAGAUGGAGAGAGUAUUUGGCUUCCCCGUGCACUACACUGAUGUGUCCAACAUGAGCCGUUUGGCGCGGCAGCGGUUGUUGGGGCGCUCCUGGAGUGUCCCCGUCAUCAGGCACCUUUUUGCUCCCCUCAAAGAGUACUUCGCCUGCAACUAGUCCUGACAAGUCUCUCACACACAGACAAGAAUAAGACAACAAUAUGACAAGAUGGCAGACACACACAGCUAGUACAUGAAGGUUGGCUGACACACAAAUAUACACAAAGGACUUCUACGCAAAAUACUAGACCUUUUAGUCCCCUGGUGCUACUCCUCAGAGCAAAGGCGAUUUAUACACUUACAACUGGUGCAGGACUCCGGUCUAUCCACUCAGCCUGGUGUCUUUAGAGCUGUGUCCUCCAGGGGGCACCAAACGUACAACUUCCUGUUUUUACCUACAUUAACACAAUUAUUCCAUCUGAAGCACUUCCUUGAGUUCUGGUGUACGACAUGCUACAAUCACUGGUUUUUACUCUGAUGCUGGUCACACACUGUCGAUACUCAUACAAAUGGUGCAACUUUUAACUACUUUUAUCUGUUUAUGGUGCUUAAGGGACAAACAGAAUCAUGUUGUUUUAGCCACUGCAGUUUUAAAUAGAUGACACAAGAAAGAAUUAUAAUCAUGAAAAGUUCUGAAGAAAAUAUAAACUUGAAAUUAAUUUAAAGGACCAUUACUAUUUAAAAUGUUAGGCUUUUAAAGUGACAUAAAACACAGCAGUUUUUGUUGUGAGCUUUUAAAUGUGGAAUUUUAUAUUUUUGAGAACAACCAAAAUUCUUUUGGUUCUUUCUUCUUUUUUUGCAAGAUGCAGUUCAAUUUUAUUAAAGUAGCUGCAGGUCUAAACACAUCACAAGUGUAGAUGAGAGGUGUGUUGACUGCCCUCUGGUGGCUUCCAUGUCUCCUUUUAGGUUAAAAUUCUUUCUUCCUAAGUAGCAAAACAUGACUAUAAAAUAAGACUAACUGGGCGUGCUUAUCUUAGUUACUUCUCAGUCUACCACAUGAUGUAAGAGAAUUAUCCUACAGUUAAUGCAGCUAUAAUGUCACAUGCUCUGCUGGUUUUCAACUUCCUACGAAUGAAGCAGACAGCCAUGUUUAAACCCUAUAUACCUUUACACAACUGGGCUGUCCAUUGUCAAAGAACCUGCAAACUUGGUUCUGUUAUUUACAGUAUGUGAGUGUAAACUAAAGCACUGGGCCCAAGCUGUAUGUAAUAAUGUACUUCAAUACAAGUAAACAUCAUUCUGCUAAUGCGAUGUUGACAUAAUCUUUUCCAUUCGGCCACUACGCAGCUUUAGUAAAACCACAAAUACACUAAAGAUAAAUACUUUCUACUUGCCACAGUGUAAAUAUAGUUAUUAUCUGACAGGAAAUAAACCACAGUGUAAUUCAAAGGUAUUACUCAUUUAAACAGGGCUGUCUUUGAGAAACAUCUACUUAGUCUGGUGCUCUGAGUAACUCGACCCAUUUCCCAGGAAGCCUUCCACAAACCAGCGUCAGAACUGGACACGUACUAUACUAACCACAGUACAACCAGCAGCUUUACUUUAAGAUCUUAUCUUACUGUUUCUACAACCAACCUUCAGGUGCUUUUUUCAGCUCUUUUCUACAGUGCUCUUACAGGUUACAAUUACAGGAAUCAUACAUGGUGCAGACUUAUUCAAAAGUCACCUAUUAUACUAGUCAUGGCUCACUGUCUUUUCCUUUAAGUUAUUGUUACAGAUAAUCAUCUGCCACUUUAAUUUUGUUUGCCUUUACUUGGUUAAAGUUUUACGUUGAAAGCCCUUCCUGAAAUGAUAAACUAGUACACUGGCUUGUAAACCAUGCUUCUUACAGGUUUUACAUUUUAAAGAAUACUACAGUUUAUGUCAGCUUUAGUCUUACAAAAAAUUCCAAUACAUUUUGUGUUAGAUUUCCUUUUAUCGUACAGUAGCCCAUUUUGUUACAUUCAGAAAGUCACUUUUUGGUGCAAUAUUUAUGUACGCACAAGUCCACACAUGUAAUAAAGCCAUAAAGUAUAAUAGGUGCCUUUUAACUUUUUAACCCUAACACACAUUUGCAUACACACUGUGCUUUCCACCGGCCGCCUGUUGCCACCAGGCCUCUAUUCAGUCCACUAGGGGGCGCCACACCUCCUAGGGGCUUUUGGUGCUCCCAGACCCUUCUCCUCACCCAAAACCCUUCUCCUAACCCUCCCACCCCGUCCCAGGUGCUGCAUGUCAGUCAGUCAGUGUAAUCUCCAGCUUCAUGAUGUUAGAUUAGGGAGUAAUGAUAAUAAUAAUGGUAAUAAUAACUACAAUAAUAACCUGUUAUUGUGUGUAAGUGUGUGUGCUGUUACAGGUGGGUGCUCCGUUCAGUCUCGGCCUAUAGAUGAGAGAGGCUAGAGAGCGCAUAUUUACAGUUAGUUACCGUAUAGUGACUUGUCUAUUGUGCACAAGGACAAAGGAUGAAAAUGAACAGAUUCUGAAUGCACUCAAUUAGGACAAGUGGAAAUGAUACUUGCUACAUCAGUACUAAUCUUUCUAUACUAAAUUAACUGAAAGAUCAGACAUAUAAUAAAUAAACUGAAUGUGAACCCAUUCUGUUUUGAGUUACAUUACAGUAUUUGUAAGACAUACAAGUCUUAAAAAGUCAGUGUAGAUGAAUUUGAAGAUAACAUCCGCUCUUCAUCACCUCACACCUCUCUGUUUACAAUAUGCUCUAUGUAUGGUGGUCCUGCUGGGACAUAUUAUUGUCUGCUUAUACAAGGAUCAUCUGUGGACAUUUUCAUUACUUUGUGUGGCGUUCUUAUACGGAGGUCCAUUUCAAGGCCUAUAAUGUAUGUCGAUGUAUAACAAUAGAAAAAAGUAUUUAACAGUUACAAUUACAUCCUUAUAUAAAAUGUAGUUGUACCGUGACUAUUUGUAGCAGGUAUAAUUUCAGCUCGAACCUAUUUGAGUGCACACAUGGACUCAGACAUUAGAACUGGUGUGAUAUUUGUAUACAGAAGAAUGAAUAGGGGAUGAUGUCUGUUUUAGCCUAUGGACAGUUCUUAGGCUGAAAAAUGCGCUGUUUUUUUACUGAUACAUACUCAAACACAUUUAAAACACUGUCCAUUACAAAUCAACACACACACGCUCUACACAAUACAACAAUGGCGCUCACAUCUCAAAGACUUAAAGGAAGACGACCUUUUAAGGAAGGGAGGAAAUGGUGGAUGUUUUCAAAAAGGUGCUAAAAUUUUAUCUGAAAAUAAGAAAAAUAUAUUGUUAGGAGUUUUAAAUCAAGUUUGUCUUUACAUGACUGUAUUUAAGUUUGUCGUAGUAAUGAAAAAGCACUAUUAUUAUUUUACUCUUGUAUGAAUAUGAACUAAUUAAAAGGCAUUUUAACUUUGUACUUGAAACUAUGUAAGAAAUGAAACGUGAAUAAAAAGGACUGUUUCUUGUGA